AACUAGAUCUGCCUACAUAAUGCAAAAAGUGGAAAGUUGGCUCAAAAAAAAAAUUCGCAUGCUACGGCUCCCCAUGAAAUUGGAACAAAAUUGGAACAAAUUGAAACAAAUUUGAAACAAUUGAAGAACGCGCAUGCGUGCUAAGUAGCACGAGGUUCAAAAGCAGCACUUGUCUCAUAUGUUCUAAAAAAACAGUGAACUUGUUCUUAUUCUGUUAUCAUUCUGCUAUCAAAUCGUUCUUUAAGAUGGCUAAUACCCACAAAGGUCACUCUGAUUCUUAUUGGACGUUGAAGAUGAAGGAAUUUGCUGCUGGAAAACCUUUCGGGAGAGGAGAGAGGCCUAGGAAAGGCACAAAGUGGGAUCUAGUAUCCAAAGAGAUCGAGAGGUGCCCCAAGCACAGAAAUGCUAGCAACAAGGAUGUGCUGGGGAGGCUCAUCGAAUGCACCUGUGGCUAUCACAAGCCAAAGACUUCUACACCACCACUACAGGUCGCUAGCACGUCAGGUGGGCAGAAGAGACCUGCAAGUGUGAUACCGGGCCAGAUGACUUGGGAGGCUCCUGCGAAAAAGAGAAAGGGAACACAAGACCCAAGAUUUGUUCCUAAUUUCAAGGCAGCUUCUCAUCGAACUGGUUCCUCACUCACCGCACUUCUACCUGCUGCUCCUACUACUACUCUCCCUCCUACACGGACGUCUGCUGCCCUCCCUCCUACACAGACGUCUGCUCCUCUCCCUCCUACAUCUACGUUUGCCCCAUCUCUACCCCCACACACACACACAAUAAUUCCCCACACACACGCACACACACUCCCUCCUAGAGCGACUCUCCCCACAACGACGCCUGCUACUCUCCCUUCUACAACAACGUCUGCUCCCCCCCCUCCUACAACAACAGCGACUCUCCCCACAACGACGUCUGCUACUCUCCCUCUCACAGCGACAACAGCAACAUCAGCCACUCUCUCUCCCCCUCUCACUACACGUGAGCUCACGCCAUCUCCUCGCAAGUCAAACUAUUCAGACAGGCUGCCAAAGUACUGGAAAAAUCAUGUUUGUGAGGCAGAUGCGGAUUGGAUUGGGAGACAGAUGUUUGUGGCCAAGGGGAAGCUCACAGACAAGCUAAAGAUCUGGUGGCACCCCCCGAGCCAUGAUCGCAUUCCCUCUGCUCAGCCACAUCCAGAGGAUUACACCCUCAAAAGGCUGUGUCUGUGGGCGCCGAGGAUGCUUUGGAAGGUCGAUUUCAAGUGUCCUCAGUGUACUACAACACGAUACAAUCUGUGGUCCAAAGGUCUUUACCACAAUAUUCGAGUGGUUCUGGACUUCAAAGAUAGGUACUACCUGGCAGCUGAAUACUAUGAGUGUAGAAUCUGCAAAGGUACGUACGCAGCCUGGGACCACCGAAUCCUCGAUCAGCUUGACGAAGGCCUGAGGUCCCAUUUUCCCGCUGUCUUGACUCGGCAGUAUGGGUGUGACAAGUCUGUUAUAACCCUCCUGCGUAGCCGGACGCUGGGAAACAGCCCAUCAGCCCUCCGUAACAAAGUGUGGGAGGUGCAUUCAGACCACUUUCUGGCACAACAGCUGCGAUAUUUAAGUGACUGCAAGCGGCAUCGAGACGGCAUAGGGCAACACACCACUCAUUGCCAAUACAUCGAACCCCCUUCUUUGCCACCAUUCCCAUCUCGUGAGUGGUUCCUUGCCGUAUAUACCCGGGAUGUUUGGAAUAGGCUCCCUUUGCUCUUGGCAGCAGCAACUUCAACGUACGGCUCAAUUUUAAAAAUUGACUCCACGAAAAAAAUUGCCAAAAAGCUGCAAGGAGCAGAGACCGACACGGCCAACUGGGCCACAAACGUUGGCAACGAGCGCGGGGAGGUGCUAGUGUCAAUCCUCACUGACUCAGAGUCAAACGAAAGUUUGGCUCGGAUGGCAAAUGGACUGAUGGGGAGGUACGAGCUGGCCCAUAUUUCAACCCCGAACGUGCUCUACACCAACAGAGACUGUUGCACCCAGAACGGACCUUCAAAGUACCAAGCUCUGUUUAGUCGGUGGAAUGGCCUUGAAGUGCGCCUUGACUCCUGGCAUUUUAUGAGAAGACUGUCAGGCGGGUGCACCAGUAAGUCCCACCCACUGUAUGGGACUUUUAUGGCAAAAUUGUCCACUGCCAUUUUUGAAUGGGACGAAACGGACUACCAGCGGUUGGUAGAGGCAAAACUGGGGGAAAUGAUGGUUGCUGGCCUGCGAAACCCCUCUGAGUCAGCGGCGAAGAAGGCCAUCAAGGUCGCAGAACUGGCCAGGCACUGUAAGAGGAGGACUCGGGGAACGGCAGCCACCAUCCACCUCAUUGAAUCGCUCCUCUUAACUCUGAAAGAGGCCACUGACAGCCUGGGAGUGCCACUGAUAGGAGAGGGAAUGCCAGAAAUUUGGCAGGAACAGCGCCAUCAUGUGGCUUGUCUUCAGGACGUUAAAGAUAUACACCUGUAUACUGUAACAGGGCAUCUAACCAAGGGAGGGGUGACACUCCCUACAGUGAGGUGUGCCAGGGGCUCUACCUCACUUGAGAGCUUCCAUUUGCACAUGGCGAGGUUCAUUCCAGGGACGUCUGCUAGUGCUGUGCACUAUCAGGCGUAUCUCCUGGAAGGCCUCACAAGGUGGAAUGCUGCACGGGCUUCGGCAGCACACCCUGCACCCUCGCCAAUUUCUCGAACAUUUACUAUGGCACGGGCUUUGGCAGCAGCACGCCCUACAUCCUCAUCCCCUUUUCGGACGUUUAAUAUGUCUCUUCAGGAAAAGGUGAGCAAGCUGAGCCAAGAUCUGAUGGGGCUCUCUCUCCUCCCUACUGAUCGGCCACCAGCCAAAUACAGUGGGGAGCUGUUUGGGGUCGAGUACCUCUACACCCAAUCUGGGGAUGUGUUCCAGCCUAACCUAGACACCGAAGUCGAGAAAGGACUCGAUGGGGUGGAGGAUGAAGGUUUUCAAGAGGGUCCUGAGAAGAUUGGUGGCGGCCCAGACCUUGACUCCUUCUGUGCACCCCCCCCAGAAAGCUCUAGUGACGAGGAGUCUACUAAUGAGGGAGAGGAGCCCGAGGAGGCUCUCGACUCAAGGGGUAUUGCAGCUCCCCCUCCGCCACCUGUCCCUCUUACAGAUGUCUCUCUUGCAGCAGUUGAGGUGGAGAUUACUGCUCCUCCACCUCUGUCUAGAACCACCAUAUGGCGUCACCGUAAGGCUGGAGAAUCCUCGACAGGGCCACCUACAACAGCCAGCGGUAUGUCACUGUCUAGAACCACCAUAUGGCGUCACCGUAAGGCUGGAAAAUCCUCGACAGGGCCACCUACAACAGCCAGCGGCCGAAAACAGUACUCGUGUGGGCAGUGUGGUGAUGGUGUGUCCACUGGGGGGCACACGCAAUUUCGCGGCCAGCGCUACUGCCCCAAAACAGCAGGGGUUUCAAAAGAGGACUGGUUAGCCUCUAAGCGAGAGGAGUGGAAACUCAAGCAACAAGCCAAGACAUGAUACAUAACUAUACACAUUAAUUUUUAGCCACCUUCUCAGGAGUAAGAUUUCAGCCAGUGUUCACGUUUGUGCCCCGGGGGGACUUCAUGGCUUGCGUCACCGCUACAAUACAACUGGCUCGAGUACAUAUCCGAAACAGAUCGCAACUGUAUCCAACAAACUUGAUCUACUUCUAAAAGACAUGGCUUGCGUCACCGCUCCAAUACAACUGGCUCGAGUACGUAUCCGAAACAGAUCGCAACUGUAUCCAACCAACUUGAUCUACUUCUAAAAGACAUGGCUUGCGUCACCGCUACAAUACAACUGGCUCGAGUACGUAUCCGAAACAGAUCGCAACUGUAUCCAACAAACUUGAUCUACUUCUGCAAGACGUAAGGUUCUAGGAGCUACGUACUUAGGAUGUUAAUUCUGUCAACACAAUUCUGAGCUGGUAUACGCAAAUCCCUUCACUGAUAAAGGAAGUUUCUACUUUUUUCUGACCGUCCACAUAUGACGUGAGGAACUGCUGGAUGUCGAACACUCGAAACAUUCACGUAUGCUGAUUUUGAUUAUUCACUGUAAUGUAAUAGAUUUCAGCCAGUGUCCACGCUUGUGCCCCGCUUGCGUCACCACUACAAUUCAACUGGCUCGAGUACAUAUCCAGAUCGCAAAAAUAACAAUAAUAGGUUCUAGGAGCUACUUUGGAUUGUAAUUCUGUUAACACAAUUUAGCUGGUAUACGCAAAUCCCUUCACUGAUGAAGGAAGUUCUCCACAUAAUUAUGACGAACACUCGAAACAUUCACAUCAAUGUUAAGAAGAUUUCAUGGGAUAGCUGAUGUCCUUCUAUCUACAGCAGCUGGGUGUUUGAGGAGCGCAAGCUCAGGUUAACUUAUUAGUGUGUAUGUACUGAGUUUUUGUGCAUCUACGUAGGUCUUGAGUGAAUCUGUAAGCAAAUUAAGCUCUCAAGGUGCAUGGACAGGGAGAAGUGCAUGGAGUAGGAGAAGUCUCACACAAUAUGGUUUUCAGCUCAGAAGGAUUGAAAAUGACAUGGUGUUCGAGCUGGUCCUUCAAGAGAACAAACGACUGAGACUCAAACUGACUCAUAAUUAUCUUUUCAAUGUCUAUGUUUUCGUAAAUCAGUACAAAUGAUUAUUUUGUACAAAUUAA